AUGCGAGCUCUCUCUCUCUCUCUCCCUUGCACAUUCUCUCUCACGCUCUCUCUCUCUCGCGCGUGCGCGCGCGUUCUCUCCCUUUCUCGCUGUUUUUCUCUCGCUCUAUCUAUCGCUCUCUCUGUCGCGCGGGGUUUCUCUCGCUUCCUCUCUCCCCUCUUUAGCUCUCUUUCCCUCGCUCUAUCUAUGGCUCUCUCUCUUGUGCACUCUUUAUCUCUCUCUCUUUGUCUCUCUCUCUCUCUCUCUCUCUCUCUCUCUCUCUUUGUAUUCCUUCAGAUCGAUGAAAUAGCUCUUUCGAUUUCUCUCUCAUCUCUCCCUUUCUGCUCCCCCUCUAUCUCCUCUCUCUUUCGUGCUCUCUCUCCUCCCCUUUCUCUCCUCCCUCUUUCGUUCUCUCUCUCUCUGGUCGCCCUCUCUCUUCUCUCUCUUUCGUUCUCUCUCUCCUCCCCCCGCUCUCCUCUCCCUUUCGUUCUCUCUCUCUCCUCGCUCUCUCUCUCGUCUCUCUUUCGUUCUCUCUCCUCCCUCUCUCCUCUCUCUUUCGUUCUCUCUCUCCUCCCCUCUCUCUUUCGUUCUCUCUCCUCCCUCUCUCACCUCUCUCUUUCGUUCUCUCUCCUACCCCCCUCUCUCUCUCUCUCUUUCGUUCUCUCUCUCUCCUCCCCCUCUCUCUCCUUUCUCUUUCGUUCUCUCUCUCCUCACCCUCUCUCUCCUCUCUCUUUCGUUCCCUAUCUCUCCUCCCACGCUCUCUCCUCUCUCUUUCGUUCCCUAUCUCUCCUCCCACGCUCUAUCCUCUCCCUUUCGUUCUCUCUCUCCUCGCCCUCUCUCUCCUCUCUCUUUCGUCCUCUCUCUCUCCUCCCCCUCUCUCCUCUCCCUUUCGUUCUCUCUCUCUCCUCGCUCUCUCUCUCGUCUCUCUUUCGUUCUCUCUCCUCCUUCUCUCCUCUCUCUUUCGUACUCUCUCUCCUCCCCUCUCUCUUUCGUUCUCUCUCCUCCCCCUCUCUCUCCUUUCUCUUUCGUUCUCUCUCUCCUCACCCUCUCUCUCCUCUCUCUUUCGUUCUCUCUCCCCCUCUCUCCUCUCUCUUUCGUUCUCUCUCUCCCUACCCUCUCUCUAUCCUCUCUCUUUUGUUCUCUUUCUCCCGCUCUCUCUCUCUCUCUCUCUCUCUCUCUCUCGUAUUCAGUGACAGUCCCAAAGAAAACAGAUCGGAGGGAAAUACUUCUUUCUAUGUUUCUCUGUCUCUCCGUCUUUGUCUCUAUCUAUCUAUCUAUCUAUCUAUCUCCCGUGUUGGAGAGGACCGGAGUCGGAAAGGUUACCAGCAUAGAAAAGAGAAUCCGUGA